CAUUUGUCUUCCGAGCUCGGAACGGCAAGCAUCGUUUUCGGAGUUGGUGCUCAGUGUCAGUUUCCGUUGAUCAGGCGUUGGCGAAAAGUGUGUGAAUACGAUUUCCUUCGGAGUUUUCCCGUUCGAAGUUCUGGACUUCUGGAGAUCCUGAGCUAGUGUUCCAACAAUCUACCAGAAAAUUCUUAUGACAUUCUUGUGCGGUAUUUCUGUGAAUGAUAUUUGAUUCGUUUUGGAGCCAGACGGGCAUUAAGGCAUAAGCGCCAUUGUCGUUGUCGGAUCGUUUCAUCGGCAGAAUUGCGCUCCUCCUAAUUGCACCCGAAGAAAGCAGCGUUUGAUUCAAAAUAAAUAAUACAUUUCGCUCGGGAUGAAACAGAUUUGCGAUCGGUGUCUGUGCAAAGUGCGAUCGAGAGCAGGAAGCUCCGAGAAGCAAUGUUUUGCUUAUUAAUGUAAUUUCGAGGAAGGAAAAAAAGCAGCGCCAACAUUCGAUUGGUUGUGUCUGAUGAAGUUCUGAAAUCCCGAAAACCAUCAUCGAUAGCAUUGACUUUCGGUGGUCCAGUUUUUUAAAGAAAAAAAAAAGCAUCGAAUUCAAAACAUUCAAACCGAUCUUGCCGGGAAGAUAGGAAGCCGAAGAAGAGAAAAAACGAAUCCGUGGAACUUAUGAUGAUUGGUGUGAUAAUUUGCUAUUUAUUGAAAAAACAUAAAUAAAACAAAUUGAAAUUUUCAAUCUCGACCGACUCGGGAUACUUUUUCCCUCUGGUGAAAAACGACCAUCCCCAAAUGAGAACCCUGGAGUUGUGGAAAAGCUAAUGUUGAAUGAAACGAGAUCAUCGGAAGCAUGAUUAAUUAACGACUAACACGUGAGUGGCUUCUAAUAGUGUUCGAAUCAAUAGAUAUUUAUGCACGGUGUGAAAAACUUAAUUAAGAAGAAACACAUUUAUGCAUCAAGGAAAUUAUUUGUGUUGCAAGUGAUUUUUUAGGAGGAAGCAGUUGUUAUUUUAUACUACCUCCAAGCAGGAGGUCAUUGUUUGAAUACUUCGUUGGAUCAGAUUAACAUAAAGAUGAAUCUGACGAUGAAGCUGCUGUUAUUGUUCUCAUUCCUGUUGAGCCACUCGUCCGGCCACCGGAUACAACUGUCCGACUCGAUUCUGGACAUCAUCAACACCCGACACGUGGAGCGAAUCAUGGCGGAGCGGCGGAUGAACUCUUCGGCGCGGGACGACAAACGCUAUACGAUGGUGCAGCAGAACGAGCUGAUAGACGACGUGGACGCAACCGAGGACAGCACCGGCGAUCUCGCGUACCAAACGCCCGAGGUGGCCAUCGAUUUUGACUUCAAUGGGCGACGGCAAUCCGGAGGCGGUGGCGGCGGCUCGACGGUAUCAUCGUACACCAACGAGAGCGGCUUUCAGUACCAUCCAACGGGAUCCGCCCCCAAUGCGGAUAUUUUGGCGGACCUGCAGGCCUACAGGGGAGAUAAGCUGCUCAAGUCGAGCAAGAACGCCCUGGUGGUGACUCGGAAGGAGUACCUCAAGAAGGAUUGGUGCAAGACGGAACCUCUGGUGCAGCGAAUCCGGGAGGAGGGAUGCCUCAGCCGGACGAUCAUCAAUCGAUUUUGCUACGGGCAAUGCAAUUCGUUCUACAUUCCAAAGUCUCCGAAACGUAGGCGUCAUGGCGGUGGCGGAGGUGGCGGACGUAAUGGUCACGGGGGGCAUGGGGGUGCAGGUGGUCAUGGUCAUCACGGUGGACGUGCGCGGGAGGUUGAUCUGGACUUUGAAGACGAAGACCUGACCGGGCCGGCGUUUCGCUCGUGCGCCUUCUGCAAGCCCAAAAAGUUUACCUGGAUCACGGUGACGCUGCGGUGUCCCUCUUUAGUGCCCCAGCUGCGACGGAAGCGCAUCCAACGCAUCAAACAGUGCAAAUGCAUUGCGGAGCCGUUGAAUUAGAGCUGUUGUGUUUUUUGUAUUAUUAUUAUUAUUGGUUGAAUAGUCGACGCUGCCGUUGAAGCUGUUUCUGCUGCUGCUGCUGAUGGUGAACGAAGAUGAUGAGACGUGAAAGUGUGGGUAAUAUGUAAAUGUAUUUCUGUGUGGGUGCGGAUGAUUGAGCGCUCUUUCCGCCUUGCACUUGCGGCAAAUCUGGCGAGGAAGGAAUGAGAGUAGGCUUUAUUUUGUUUUAAGUUUUUUUUUCUCUCUUUUAAUUAUAUUUAAUAGGUCUGUUUCGUUGUAAGCCAUUUGUAGUGUAGGACCGCGGCGUGUGUGUUUGUAAUCGCGAUUCCCCGUUUUGGAACAGUGUCACGUCAGACGAUGGAUGACACGGUGCACAGUGGGAGAUUUCUUCAUUUUAGCGCAUUUAAUGAAUAGUUCUUUAAUUAUGCUUCCAAAUUCAGUAUGUCAAUGCACUUCUUUUGAUGCAAUCAUAUUAUAAUCUAAUCUGAACGUAAGAAAGAAAUUUUUUUAUUUAAACUUUCCAAUAUACAAGGUUAGUCUUGUGAAAAAUUGUAUAAAAAGCUAAUUUAAGCUGUCCAAAACACUUAGUUCUUAACGUCAAUACUUUUCACGAAAUUUUAUAUAUAUUGUUAUGCUGAAAACUGAACUCAACUCAAUUUUGACAAAAAUGCAGAUGGGUCGGACUUACGAUUUACGGCAAUUUAGUGAAGGCCAACCUUUUACAUUGAAAAGUUCAAAAAAUAGUUUUCUAUCUCCAUUUUAUGAGAUAGGUUAUAAU